AAAAUUCAAUUCAACUUUAAUUUUGUCUCUUUCACGUCGUCUCCCUUCCUCGAUCAAGCCUUCCUACCUUUAAUGGCUACUGCAUUAUCUAAACUCGGAGCUUCUCAAGCAAGGCAGCCUCGGAGGAGGAACACUCGGGUCAUGUAUGAGUCAACAGAAAUACUUUCUUUCAAGAAGCAGAUUCUUCGUAUUCUUGGUGUAAAGGAUCAAUUAUAGAGCUUUCCUUUUUAACUCGUCUCUCACUCUUUCCUCUACAGCGGCGACUGGAGAAAAUAUGAUCUAAGUUGAAGUGAUUUUCCUACAAUUACCGUUGUUUUUGUUUUUGAGCAUGACUGGUACGAUGCAAGGAUAUGAUAUCAAUUAUCUGGUUCGGGAAGCUCAAAUUCGGUGGCUAAAGCCAGUUGAAGUGCUUUUCAUACUUCAGAAUCAUGAGGAGCACCAGAUCACCCACAAGUUCCCUCACAUGCCAGCUAGUGGAUCUUUGUAUCUAUUCAAUAAACGAGUCCUAAAAAAUUUUCGGAAAGACGGUCAUAGUUGGCGUAGGAGGAAAGAUCAGAGGACUGUUGCUGAAGCACAUGAAAGACUUAAGGUUGGAAAUGCUGAAGUUCUAAAUUGCUAUUAUGCUCGUGGAGAGCAGAACCCUAGCUUUCAGAGACGCAGCUUCUGGAUGUUGGACCCGGCCUACGAGCACAUUGUUCUUGUUCACUACAGAGAUAUUGGGGAGGGAACACAGAAUGCUAGAUUGACAUCAAAGUCCUCACCAUUAUCCUCUUCGAUCCUCAAUCUAAGUUCCACCUCUUUUGCAACUCAGCAGCCAGACUCCUCUGUUGUCAUUGGUGAAUCUAAUGAACCAAAUCAGAGCCAGCCUAGUCCUGCAUCCGUGAAAACUGGUUUAAAUGAAGUCAUCGAGAUUCAUGGGAUAUAUCCAUCAGACAUUAUAGAGAGAACGGAGGUUAAUAGUUCAUCGGAGUCUGAUUUAAGUGAAGCACUGCGAAAAAUUGAACAGAAAUUAAGUUUAAAUGAUGAAGUGGAUAGAGAAUUUAACACAAUCUACAUUGAGAAUGAGGACUCAGUUGAUUUAGAAAAUGUGCUACUUGCUUAUGACUUGUCUGCUCAAACUUCAGAUCAUUCAGAGAAUCUUCUUUCACAAAGACACUCAGGUGACAGGAUGGAACAUCCCCAUCAACUCCCAGGGCCUGAAGUCAAUAUAUGGGGAGAGAUGCUAGGUAGCUCUAAAAGUUUGCUUGAUGUUGAAACGCAAGAAAAAUAUGAGCACAAAUUGAACGAAAAUUCACACUUACCACAGGGUAUGCUACUCAAUUUAUCUCCAAAUGACGCAGUAAGGGAGCAGGAAAGUUACAAUUGGCUAAAGUUUGAUGGACUAGGUUAUGCUCAAGAGUCUUUUAUGAUGUUUACCCAAGAAGUAGAGUCUAUCAAAAUUCCUGCAUAUUCUCCUUCAGUGAAUACUUAUGGUAACAAUCUGGACUGCUAUCCAACAUUUUUUGACCAAAGUCAGAUUGGAAUCCCUCUUGAAGACAAUUUCAGUUUGACCAUUUCCCAAAAGCAGAAGUUCACAAUCCGUGAGAUAUCUCCAGAGUGGUGUUAUUCCUCUGAUGCUGUCAAAGUUGUCAUUAUUGGGUCUUUCCUCUGUAGUCCCUCAGAGUGUGCAUGGGCUUGUAUGUUUGGUGACAUUGAAGUUCCUGCCCAGAUCAUUCAACAAGGUGUUAUCCGCUGCAAUGUUCCUCCUCACUUGCCAGGAAAAGUCACUCUUUACAUUACUUCAGGAAAUCGGGAGUCCUGCAGUGAAGUUAGGGAAUUCGAAUAUCGUGCUAAGCCUAGUGUUUGCACACACAGUAACAUCACUGAGACAGGGACUAGAAAGAGUCCAGAAGAACUCUUGUUGCUUGUCCGAUUUGUGCAGAUGCUUCUCUCUGAUCCAUUGGUACAAAAAGGAGAUGACCCUGAAUCUAGAAUUGAUUUGUCAAACAAGUCCAAAAAGGCUGAAGCCUCGUGGAGCCAAAUCAUUGAUACUCUUUUAGUUGGCACUUCUACAUCAUCAAACACUAUGGAAUGGCUUCUACAGGAACUUCUGAAAGACAGGUUGGAACUAUGGCUUUCUUCUAGAUUACGAGAGAAUAAUCAGCCGGACUCUUCUUUAUCUAAGAAAGAACAAGGGAUCAUACACAUGGUUGCUGGAUUAGGAUUUGAGUGGGCGCUACAGCCAAUUCUCAAUUCCGGAGCCAACAUAAAUUUUCGUGAUAUCAAUGGGUGGACUGCACUUCAUUGGGCCGCACAUUUUGGGAGGGAAAAAUUUGUUGCUGCUCUCAUAGCCUGUGGUGCAUCUGCUGGAGCAGUUACGGAUCCUAAUUCACAGGAUCCAACUGGUAAAACUCCGGCAGCCAUUGCUGCUGCAAGUGGGCACAGGGGACUUGCAGGUUAUCUUUCAGAAAUGGCACUAACUGGCCAUCUCUCAUCCCUCACACUGGAAGAAAGUGAGCUAUCUAAAGGAUCUGCAGCUCUGGAAGCAGAAAGAACAGUGAAUAGUAUAUCAAGUACAAGCUCCUCUACCAAUGAAGACCAGGACUCUCUGAAGUGCACCUUAGCUGCAGUCCGGAAUGCCUCUCAGGCUGCUGCACGUAUUCAAUCUGCAUUUCGUGCACAUUCUUUUCGGAAAAGGCAGCAGAGAGAAGCUACAGUUUUCAUUGCUGAUGCUAGUGGAGAUGAGUACAGUAUAUUAUCAAAUGACAUCGAGGGUCUCUCAGCAGCAUCAAAAGUGGCAUUUCGCAGUACACGUGACUACAACUCGGCUGCUCUGUCUAUUCAGAAGAAAUAUCGAGGCUGGAAAGGGCGGAAGAAUUUCCUUGCAUUUCGCCAGAAAGUAGUGAAGAUACAGGCCCAUGUGAGAGGCUAUCAGGUUAGGAGGUAUUAUAAGGUAUGUUGGGCAGCUGGUAUAUUGGAGAAGGUAGUGCUGAGGUGGCGCCGACGUGGAGUUGGUUUGCGGGGAUUUCGGCUCAACACGGAAUUCAUUGAUGAAAGUGACGAUGAAGACAUUCUUAAGGCAUUUCGCAAGCAGAAAGUGGGCGCAGCUAUUAAUGAGGCUGUAUCCAGGGUGCUGUCUAUGGUUGAAUCUCCAAAGGCACGUCAGCAAUAUCGGCGUAUUCUUGAAAAAUAUCUUCAAGCUAAGGCCGAGCUUGAAAAUCCGGAAUCUGAAAGGCCAACGUCUUCUUGUGCUGACUUUUCCCAUAUGGAAAAUGGUGGUGCUUCCGAAUCGACAUAGUUGCAAUACCUAAUAUCAUAAACUUGGGGUUUUGUGUGUAAAUUUUUUAGGCGAAAUAGUUUCCAGCUUGAUCAAUUUGUACUAUGGUUUGUAGAUGUUGGUUAAUGAACAGCAGCAGAGAGCAUUACAUUACAUUCUGGAUGAAUAGGGGUUACACUGAGAAAAUUAAAUCUUGGUUGUUUAACGUACCCACACAUUUCAUGAGAUUUACCAACUUAUAAUCUCAAAAAGCUUUGUCA